UAAAUCAACUCAUUUAACAGUAUUGAGAAUACAGAUCAAAACAUUGUAAAAUAAUAACAUAACCUAAAAAUGAAUUAUACGUGUUCUGAAGAUGAAAUGAAACUGUUAAAUAAAUUACAGGAAAAGUUGACGUUAGAGACAUCCGAAAAAUUGACAAGGAAAGGCUAUGAGUAUGUAAGACUGCUAAAGCUCAAGCGAGGUGCUGGCCUAGUGAACAUGAGUGAUACUUGUGCAAUGGUCAUCUGUCUCAACUUAGCAGCAGACAAACUCAAUCACACAUUUGACAAGACACAAGCUGUCAAACUUGCCGCUGUCACCAAGAAGAACUAUGCAAGUCUGUACCACACGGUGGAGAAGGUGCUUGGGCUGGACAAACCUGUAACAGUGAGCGAACUGUGUGUCAGGCUAGCAUGUACCGAAGUGUCCGAACUUGCUCAGAGACUUAUUGAUCGAUAUGUUCGUGAUAGAGAUGAAGGUCUCAUCAAGUGUCCACCAAUAGACUUGGGCCACCCAAUGUAUCCCUGUGCUGCUGUUUUAGCCGCUUGCAAAUAUAGAAAGGUGAAAGUGAAGCGGGAACAGUUGGUAGACUUAAGCCGUAUUAAGGCCAAGAAUUUAGAUAGCUUAGCAGGAGAAUUGGCAGCACUGGCAGAAUCAACGGAGCGCCAACCCUCACAUAAGAGGGGACACCAUCUCAUAGACUUGGUGGAGCAAAUGGUCAAAGAAUCACAAAGUACAUCAGUCAACACAGAAGAGAAUGAGGAGGAAAAAGAAGAAAAACCUAAGGAAAGCUUUGCCGAGUGGAAGAAAAGGAUGUUAGCCAACGCUGGAAAUGACCAGAGGUGAGAAAGCAGUGGAUUGGUAAAAUUUUGGAAAGUAAUUCAUCCAGAAAAAUAGAAUUAUAAUACAAAGUGAAAUUUCACUUCAGAUCCAGAAGAAAAAUUAUGUUUUGUUUGUUUAAUUUUUGGAACAAGUGUUAUACCAUAUUGAAGUGAUAUUGUCAACAAUAAUUAUUAAUUGAUUGAUUGUAUAUAUCAUCUACAGUAUCUGAAUUGAACUAAUUACAUUGUAGAUUUACAUACAAGGUUACUUUUUAACUGAAUUGUAGUAAUACAACGAGAGACUUAAAAUAUGACAUUUUCUACUUUUUAACAAAAUGAGAAAUAUAAUAAGAAUAUACUUUCCUGACAUGUAAUGUUUUAUUAUGUCUAAAAUAUGUAUACUAAAAUAACAUUUGUUUCAGACUUUAACAAUAAAAUAAUUGUUUACAAUAUUAAAUAAAUUUAAAAAAAUAACUAGACAAAAUAUAUUUUAGUGUAGGAAUAUAUAUCUGUACAUGUGUGUAAGGUACUGUAUAUUCAGAAUGUAACAGGAAUUUUCAUGUUUUGAAAAAGUCUUUUGUUUAUUUGUCUAUAUUAAUGUUUGUUACCUUCUAAAUAGUUCCCAUUACAUAUUAUUCACUAGUUCCAGCACUUCUUCCAAUCCUCAAAACACUUUUCAAACUAGUUCUUUGGGAUAGCCUUUAGCUCUUUCAGUGCACUUUUAAUAUCAUCUAUCCUUGUUUUUACCCCCUUCCCCUCCCACCACUAAGGGUCUAACAACCCUUUAAGGUUCUCUUUGUUUUUUGGAAUAAAAAAAAUUACAUGGAGUCAUGUCUGGAGAAUAUAGAGGCUGGUCCAUUGUUACAGUAAUGUUUUGGCCAAAAAUUCACAAACAAACAAUGAAGUGUGAGCAGGUUCAUUGUCAUGGUACAAGAGCUAUGAAGUUUUGUCACAAAUUAGAGCUUUUUUUAAUUGCUUCACGCAAACAGCGUUGAACUUGCAAGGUAUUACUCCUUAUUGACCGUUUGACCUUGUGGCAAGAAUUCAUGAUGCACUAUGCCAAUCAAAGAAAAGUCAAAGAACACGGUGAGCAUAACCUUCACUUUAACCUACACUUCUUUAGCCUUUUUCAGUCUUGGCGAUCCAGGUUCAAUACCUCCACUAGGAUGAUUGAACCUUAAUUUCAACAUCAUAUCCUUAAACCUAUGUUUUGUCACCUGUUAUAACAUGUUUCAAUAAUUCUGCAUCGUCAUUGACCAUUUUGUGACUCUUGCUGCCACACGUUUCACCCCUGAAGCAUUCGAAAAAAUUUCAUGCCAUGAGUGAAUUGAUAUGCCAACAACAUCAGCGACUUUUCGGAUCGUAAUAUGGCGAUCGUUCAUAAUAAUUUCUUCUACUUUUUUCAUCGGUUUUUUAUGUGCUGACGCAUCCAUAGCAUUCGUCAUCUUCAAAGUCUUCACUCCAAACCCACGAAACUUAAAAAUUCCUGUUGCUCUUUGAACACACCCCGUAUAUAUACAAUGUAUGUAUUUCAUUUUGCUUUACUUUGUAGUUAUAAUUUACACAUGUAAUUGAACAUUUUCUGUGUAUUUUUGCUUCUAUGUUUGUAUUUUAUUUUAAAUAAAAAUUUUAAAUGUGUA